AUGCCACCGAAGAGACGCCACCAUGGUGCUGGAAGAGUCCAGAAUAAGAGGGGAAAAGUUGACACUGUAAAAGAGGAAAUCAAACCCAAAGAUGAGCCUGUGGAAACUGAAAUCGAUGGCGGAUCUGCAGUUGAUGAAGAUGUUACCGAUGAUUUAGAACACAAGACGAGCAAGGAAGACCAGAAGGAAGACCAGAAGGAAGAGGACGGACCUAUAGAUGCACAGAACGGAACUUCUGAAACAAAAGUUGCGGGGGAAUCCGUAAAAACAGUGGAAGACAAAAUCGAAUCAGUUACAACGAAUGAAGAGGUCGUUGAAUCACCAGUCAAUGACUACAAUGCCAGUAGUACAACUACCAAGGCUGAAGAGAAACAAUUAGAGGAAGAAGCAAAUGAAAAGACGGAUACAUCUCCUAUAGUUGAAAAUGAGGUCGUUGAUGAAGAGGCCGGCACAACAAAAUUUGACUUUGAUGGUCAAGAAUACAGUUAUAAAGACAGACCUAGUGUAAUAGAAGAGAAGGAAGGAAAGAUUGAAUUCAGAGUGGUUAAUAAUGAUAAUAGCAAGGAAAAUAUGAUGGUUUUAACAGGGUUAAAGAAUAUCUUUCAAAAGCAAUUGCCUAAGAUGCCCAAAGAAUAUAUUGCUCGUUUAGUUUACGAUCGUUCACAUCUUUCUAUGGCCGUGGUACGGAAACCGUUGACUGUUGUUGGUGGAAUAACCUAUAGACCUUUUGAUAAAAGAGAGUUCGCAGAAAUUGUCUUCUGUGCUAUUAGUUCGACCGAACAAGUCAGAGGUUACGGUGCACAUUUAAUGAAUCAUUUAAAAGAUUACGUGAGGGCAACAUCGCCAAUAAAGUAUUUUCUAACAUAUGCGGAUAAUUAUGCUAUCGGGUAUUUCAAGAAGCAGGGAUUCACGAAAGAGAUCACAUUGGACAAGAAUGUCUGGAUGGGAUACAUAAAGGAUUAUGAAGGUGGUACCUUAAUGCAAUGUUCCAUGCUGCCAAGAAUCCGGUAUCUUGAUGCAGCAAAAAUCCUCUUAUUGCAAGAAGCAGCAAUUAGAAGGAAAAUUCGUAGCAUUUCUCAAUCUCACAUAGUUCGUCCAGGUUUGAAACAGUUCUUGGAUCUUGAUAAUAUAAAACCCAUCGAUCCAAUGACAAUACCUGGUUUAAAAGAAGCUGGCUGGACUCCAGAAAUGGACGAACUGGCGCAGAGACCAAAACGUGGCCCUCAUUAUGCAGCAAUGCAAAAUCUUCUCACCGAAUUGCAAAAUCAUGCAGCGGCAUGGCCCUUUUUGCAACCCGUCAAUAAGGAAGAAGUCCCCGACUAUUACGAAUUUAUUAAGGAACCAAUGGAUUUGAGUUCUAUGGAAAUGAAACUAAACGGGAACAGAUACGAAAAGAUGGAAAAUUUCAUAUAUGAUGCAAGGUUAAUAUUUAACAAUUGUCGUGCGUACAACGGUGAAAACACAUCUUAUUUCAAGUACGCAAAUCGUCUAGAAAAAUUCUUCAAUUCUAAAGUCAAAGAGAUUCCAGAGUAUUCACAUCUUGUGGAUUAA